AGACUGACUGAAAUAAUGGCCUGGAAUAUAGCUCUGUGGAUCUGCUGUUUGGUGGCAAUGGUGGCCAGUAAUACAACGGAUGUGGAUUGUAAUCGUCGUCAGGAUUUCAAUACUGUAAGGGACUGUUGCGCUUAUCCUACAUUUAGGUUUGAUCAUUUCCAAAAGAAAUGUGGUAAAUAUAUGCCAGUUGGUGCCCCCAGAGCUUCACCCUGCUUAUAUGAUUGCAUCUUUAAUGUGACCAACGUCUUGGUGGAUUCAGUUAUUGAUCCCGAUAAUGCCCGGAUCUUGCUGGAGAAGCUUUUUGGAAAUAAUCAGGACUUUCUGGGAGCCUAUUUCGAUGGUCUAAUGAGUUGUGCGGAUUCUGUCAAAGAGAUGAUGCAGGAAAGGAGACCUCGUCCGCAAAGUAGAGGCAAACAGUGCUCUCCGUUCGCAGUUUUCUAUGGGGUUUGUGCCCAGCGAUACGUCUUUAACCAUUGCCCAACAUCCAGUUGGUCCGGAACCGAAUCGUGUGAAAUGGCCCGAUUGCAGAACAUGAACUGUCCGAGUGCGAAGUCAGCACGUGGUUCUAUCAAUCGAAUCGUGUAAUAAAACAUUAAGUGAG